AUGGUGUCCACCGUCGCCCAGAAGCGCCUAUUCCACGAAUACAAGAAUCUCUCCACCAACCCACCAGAGGGUAUCACCGCUGGCCCUGUUUCUGAAGAUGACAUGUUCUACUGGGAAGCUUUAAUCCAAGGCCCCGAGGAAACACCCUUUGAAGGCGGUGUUUUCGCCGCAGAACUCAAGUUCCCCCGAGAUUACCCACUCAGCCCGCCGACGAUGAAGUUCAUCGGCGGAGGCAUCUGGCACCCGAACGUUUAUCCCAACGGCACUGUCUGCAUCUCCAUUCUUCACCCGCCUGGUGACGACCCAAACCACUACGAACAUGCCUCGGAGCGCUGGUCGCCUAUCCAGAGCGUGGAGAAGAUCCUCAUAUCUGUCAUGAGCAUGCUUGCGGAGCCGAACGAUGAGAGCCCGGCUAAUGUUGAGGCUGCUAAGAUGUGGCGUGAUCGCAGGCCAGAGUAUGAGGCUAAGGUUCGGGAUGAGGUGAAGAAGGGCUUAGGUCUUUGA